UACGUUCAGGACAGCUGUCCAACAUCACCAAGCCUGACGUGGUACCCCUGGUGGUUUACUUUAAAGGUCCUUAAAUCUUUGAAAUUAAUUUUAAAAAAAUUUACAGGAGGAAGUAUUGUCUUUUAUACGGAUUUAUAUCGUCAUCAGCAGUUGAUUGGUAGAUUGAGGGCAGGUGUGCUCAGUUGCUAAGGAACACAGAGGGAACUGUGUCAAUAUGACACAUUUAGCUCGGUGUGAUAAGGACGCUUCUUUUAACGUUGGGACGUUUUUAAAAAAUUAACGUAACUCGGAUGUCAGUUUAAUGAAUCGGAAAUGAGCCGGUUCAAGCGUCGAGCAAGACGAGACAGCGGAUUACCUAACAAGCGAGAUACACCCGUGAAAACAGCACUGAGCAGACGAGGCAACUUCAAGAGAUUUCUGCCCAACAAGCAUUAUGAAACGCUUCCAGAAGAACCUGAUGGGAGGGAGAUUAAUGGCAGACCAACCAAACCAGUAUUGGCUGGCGUCACGCCCGUCCGCUGCAGAUCUGCGUUACGCUCGAGCAGCCCUGCACUUGCUGAGAAACCCAGAGGAAAAGCUGUUUGGCCCGCCGCAGCAGCUGAUGGAGUAUCUGGCCACCAAGCGUCACCAGCAGGCCACACUCCCGACGCAGGGGCUUUUAAAGGUGGUGAAGUGCAAGCAGCAAACUGCAGAGCAGCGACUUUGGAAAGCAUCAGCUCUCCCUGCAUGGAGUCAGAUACAACUUUCAGCUCUUUUGAUGAUGAUGAUGAGGAGGAAGAAGAGUGUUACUCCAGCAGCAGCAGCCUUCCCUCUCCGGAGAUCUUCAGAAAAGAGAACUACGUGGAAACGCCGACUUUCACCGUUCACGAAGAGCUGCCGGCUCUCCAUCUUCACGUAAAAAACUCCACCUUGCUGGAUGCGAGCCACGCCGAGAGCAUCCACAUGCAUCACCUCCCCAACCUUUCUACCAUCAUUGACGCCUCGAGUAUUCUUGCUGAAAACAACUGUGAGCUCAACCAACACAGGGGAGCUGAAACUGAGACCAAAACAUGCAAUGACUCAUCUAAAUCAGACAAAACCUUCAAGCUGAAAACCACACCAAAACUCACAAACAGAAGGCCAAUUCUGUGCAAGAAGAAGGUAUGGUUCAAAAGCCCCAUGACUGUCGAGACCUGCGAAGCAAAACACACCCCAGCUGCCAAAUCAACCAUUCACGAUGCCGGUGAGCCAGUCCAGACGUCCAGCCUGGCCGAGCAGAUGAAGCUUAACGCAGACACGUCCAGAGCAGGUGAAGUCAGUCCUAAAGAGGCAUCACCGCUGACGGUGAGGUUGAAAAAGUCUGUCAACGGCAACCCGCAGAAAGCCAAGUUCUUUGACUUCACCAGCGACGGCGACAGGGAUGCGUUCUUUCAGAGGAUGAGGGAAAGGUGUGCCAAACUCAGAGGCGCUCCUUUAUUUCCUCUCACGGCUGCCAACACAGAGACUCUUCUGUCCUCAAGACAAAAUACUGUGUUCAAAGACGUGGGGUUACUCUCAUAAUGGAUCAAAGAUGGUCUGGGUGUGAAAUAUCCCUUAAAGGAGCAGUCUGUGUGUUCUUCGAAACUCAGUGCGACACAAGCGUAUGAGACUAAUUGUCUAAAUAUCUCGAAUGUAAAAUGAAAAUAUAUAUUUAGUGCAUUUUAAAGAGAAUAAUUCAAAAGUUUGUCACAUUGUGCUAUGUAUGCCAGUGCCUACAGACCCCAAACUGUGCAAACAUGGUGUAAGCAGCCUUUUAACUUAAAUGACCUCUCAGCCUGACACUUAUUGAAUACAUAUUUUUGUGGAAAGGCACAUUUCCAUGCACUGUUUUUGCACAAAAAACAGGUGUUUGGUGCAAAAUGACCACUAGAUGUCAGACCUGUAUUUUCUUAAAUAGUAAUCUUUCCUCUUCUCCUGAUCCUGUGAUUAUUUUUCGGUUUUAUAUGUGAAACAUCGUGUUGCAUUGUGUUAUUUCUUUACGUAUUUUAAUGUCCUUUUUUUGUCGUAGUGCCGUAAGAAAUUAAUAUAAAUGCCUAACGUAAGCUAAAUGUAAAGUCAAGAUGUAAGUUUAUUUUAGGUGUCUUUUCGUGUUUUUCCUAUAUGUCUUUGAGUCACUUCUGUCUGCAAAUUUUACACAUUUUUUUUUUGAUCGUCAGAAAAUAAAAUUCCAAAAUAAAUAAAGCUA